CGUGCGCGACUCCCGGGCGCGACUUGUUAGGCUUGCAAGGAUCAGACAACGUCAAGAUUCAUUCACAUGUCGGCGUGGGCGACGGUAGACUGCGCUUAGCAAAAGUCAAUUGAUACACGACUUUGAAGUUUCCAAAUCAUCUCGAUACAUCGAGUACUGUUCAUUCCCAUUUUCGAUCUAGACAAUAAGGCCAUAACGACACGACCCGAAAACGAUGGCGUCCCCACAAGACAACACGCCGUCCGGGGCGACCCCGAAACCACAGACGCAUGAAGAGACACCAGACCAGGUGAAGCUACGCAUCAACGGCGGCGAGCGGCUCAACAUCCGCAAGAACAACCCGGCUGAGACGGGGUUCGAUCCCGCGACGAGCAAAUGGGUCAACUACUUCAAGGUGCUGACGGGCAGCAUGACCAAAGAGGGCCAGUUUCACUACCGCGAGCACCUGUACCGGACCAACGAGGAGCGUGACUUGAGGCGGUGCGAGGAGCAGCGUGACUGGCUGUUCCGCUACUCGCCUGUCGUGCGCUACAUGCGCGACCAGAUCCGGCUGCUGGGCGGCGAGCUUGACGCGGAUAAUGUCGUUUGCCGCAGGUGUCCCUCGAGACUGACCGCGGAUGGGAGAAUACUGGGCCAGGCAGGCGGCUUCAGCCCCCAGCACGGCAUCCUGGUCUGCGCCAACUCGAUACGGGACCGCAAGCACCUUGAGGACACUUUGGCGCACGAGAUGGUGCACGCAUAUGAUCAUUUGAGGUGGCAGGUGGACUUUGUCGGCGAGAAGGAUCUGAGGCACGCUGCAUGCACCGAGAUUCGUGCUUCAAUGCUGAGUGGAGAGUGCAGGUGGACAAGAGAGGCCUUCGGCAGAGGCAACUGGACAGUUACACAACAAUUCCAGAAUUGCGUACGGUCCCGAGCUAUCAUGUCGGUCAGGGCGCGUGCCAGAUGUAGGGACACAGAGCAUGCCACCAAGGUUGUCAACCAAGUGUGGGACUCUUGUUUCUCAGACACCCGGCCAUUUGAUGAAAUUUACAAAUAACCAGCGAGAAUUUCUUUGGAUAUUUUCUUUUACAUUUUCCUGGAACUAACCGCUAAGGCUUUGGUUUAUUGGAUGGAUGUGUCAUACCAAAAGAGAAGGCAUUCAGGUCCAGGCAGUAAGUGCUUUGUAAUGCGCCGUGUACGAUUAUAAUCAUGAAAAAGGCGGCAGGAUCCGGAUCCUGAUACUGCCAGAACAAAAAAUGAUACAAAACCCAAACCCCCUUAUAAUUCAAACCAAAACUCCUUGAACACCACUUGCCCG